CACUAUGAAUGCCACUUGCCCAAUUACAACCUCCGAAGAGAUGCAUGCGGACAUCACCAGCGUCUGCUCGUCUCCGCUAAAGUUUUCAUUCACACUCGCGCGAUCCCUGCAAGCGGAUCAGCAACUGACAGCUGCGCGACUGUUGUUCUUAAGAGCUGAGAGGAGGUUUCUGCAAGACCCCAGUGUGGAUGCCGCAAGGGAUGUGAACAGAGUGUACGUUAGCAAGGUAUGCCAACACCCGCAGAAUAUUUGA